AACUAACAAAGACAACCAUAACAUCAACGAUUGAGCCCCGUUGAGUAGUGAGAGCUUUCAUUAGAAGUGGAGCUGUAACAGAACGAGUGCUGGUAGCUGUCUGUGCGAGCCAAAGCAAAUAUCUGGGCGAGAUAAGGGCACCAGCAGCCAAACCAUUCGCGUUCGCUUAUGUGUAUAUUGCAAAAGCAGCUCGCAUAUUGGAUAGAAGGCAGAGACAGAGCGUAUCUUGUGGGCCAAUCGCUCAAGUGCUAGUGCUUGUGCCUCGUAUAUGUGUGUUGGCAAUACGCCCAAAAUAGGAAAACAGUGGCACGAUGAUUCAUGUGGGCGAGAACACCUGGAACCUGCGGAUAUUCAUCACAGAUCUGCAGGUGGAGAAAACGUUGCGUGUACGCGGUGACCAGCAUAUUGGCGGCGUCAUGCUGCAGCUGGUCGAUCCGGAAAUGCCCAAGGAUUGGUCCGAUCAUGCGCUCUGGUGGCCAGCCAAAAACAUCUGGCUAACGCGCACGCGCUCUACCCUCGACCAGGCUGGCGUUCAAUCCGAUUCAUUUCUACACUUCACGCCCAUGCACAAGACUCUGCGUGUCCAGAUGCCUGACCUUCGCUAUCUGGAUUGCCGUGUCAAUUUCUCAAUCAAAACAUUUGGCGCCGUGGUAAAUCUCUGCAAGGAGCUGGACAUACGUUAUCCGGAAGAGCUUUCAUUUUGCAAGCCUCUUGAGCCAGAGCAUUUAAAGAAGAACUUCUCCAAGCUACCGCAAAAGAUGAUACCCGUUGCGGAAGCCAAUGGCACCGCCUAUCUGCAGCCUGCGCCAGACACCAACUCAUUUGUGCCCAUCACAAAUGCCUAUAAUGGAAGCAAUGGUAGCUUGGACAGGUCACAUGGAAACGGAAAUCUUUUGUGCGCUCCAGCAUCGCCGUAUGCAACGACGCCCCGGCGAGCGACCACUGCACCAGGCACACCUAUCAGCUCGCCCACUGGCACCUUGUGGCACAACAACAGCCACAAUGGCUACGUCGCCUAUGACUCGGGCUCCAUCUUUGGUGAAUUGCAGGAGAAUUUGUCCGUCUCCCCACGCUCUCCCAGUCCCGAUGUGCGCGCUCGCCUUGUGCGGCCCAAGUCGUUGGUGCAGAAGGCCCGCAUGAAUGUCGGCUGGCUGGACUCCUCGCUGUCGAUCAUGGAGCAAGGUGUGCGCGAAUUCGAUACGCUCUGUCUGCGAUUCAAGUACUAUACGUUCUUUGAUCUAAAUCCAAAGUACGAUCAGGUGCGCAUCAACCAGCUGUACGAGCAGGCCAAAUGGUCGAUACUCAACGAGGAGCUGGACUGCACCGAGGAGGAGACACUGAUGUUUGCCGCGCUGCAAUUUCAGAUCAAUCAUCAAACAGAUCUGCAUCCGCACGGCACUGAUUCCGGCAUUGAGUCGUCCAGCCAAGAGAACGACGCCGACGACGACAUUGAUUCGGCUCUGAACGAGCUGCAAAUCACCCUGGAGGGCCCCAGCUCGGGCAGCGAUGCUGGCAACAUAACACGAAUCCCCGAACUAUCCGACUACUUGCGCUUCCUGAAGCCACAGGUGUUCACGCUGAGGGGCUACAAGCGCUACUUCUUCACGUACCGCGACCUGCAGCUGCACCUCUACAAGUCACAAGAGGACACGCGUCGCGGUGCCCCCAGCAUCACAAUCAAUCUGCGUGGCUGCGAGGUGACGCCCGAUGUGCAUUUAGCCCAGGGCAAGUUUGGCAUACGGCUGGAGGUCCCAGCGGGACCUAAAAGCCCCAACACCGAAUACUGGGUGCGCUGUGAGAACGAAGAGCAAUAUGCCAAAUGGAUGGCCGCCUGUCGCCUGGCCGCCAAGGGACGUUCGCUGGCCGACAGCAGCUACGAGAGCGAGGUAAACAGCAUACGCUCGCUGCUCCAAAUGCAGAAGCCGCAGGCACAGGCGGCGCCUUUGAAUAUCAAUCCGCGCGCAGUGGACGCCAAUGAUUAUCUGUCGCCCAAAAUGCUGCGCAAGCUGUCCGGCAAGGCCGUGCAGCGAAUUCUGGAAGCACACGCCAAUGUGCGCCAGCUGCAGCUGAUGGAGGCUAAGCUGAAGUACAUUCAGGCGUGGCAAUCGCUGCCCGAUUUCGGCGUCACGCUCUUUGUCAUCAAAUUCGAUGGCCACAAAAAGGAGGAGCUUCUGGGCGUGGCGCACAACCGCAUCAUGCGCAUGGACUUGAAUACGGGCGAUCAUCUGAUGACCUGGCGCUACAACACAAUGAAAGCCUGGAACGUAAACUGGGGUAUCAAGUGCAUGAUGAUUCAGUUCCACGACGAGAACGUUGUCUUCUCUUGCCUGUCCGCCGACUGCAAGGUGGUGCACGAGUUCAUUGGCGGCUACAUCUUCAUGUCGAUGCGUUCCAAAGAAAGUAACCAGACACUUAACGAGGAGAUGUUCCACAAGCUGACAGGCGGCUGGUCAUAAGAUGGAUCGGAAUGAUCCUCGUCCUACAAGUGCCAAGCACAAAUUUUGCAUGCUUAAAAGAAUUCGAUUUGAAUUAAUUAAUUAACAUGUGUGUGUACGUAUAUGUAUGUGUAACUGUUAUUUGCCCAAUAGAUUGGCCUUUCUAUUGGGCGCUAUUGUCCAACGUUAAUGCCCCUAGACUAAUAUGUAAUAUCUAUUUAACAGAGUGCCUGUUGUGCCUUGAAAUAGGAAUCAAUUUUAAUUUUCUACCGACAUGUCCAAGUCAAGUCCGCGUAUUCGGUGUGUCUACUAAACAAAAAGUGUGUUAAUGUACCUCGUUAUCAGUGUAUGUAUUUUUCAGCGUAGUUAAAAAAUGUGU